AUGGCUGUGGGAUCUGCUUCGCUCCAGGAUCGCCUGGAGAGGUGGGCCCAGCGCCUGGAUAACUUGACUGUCUCGCCAUUGACUAGAGACUAUCCCGACACACAGCAACCUGACAUCAAGCGGGCCAUCGAGGCCUUCGCGUCUAUCAAGCUCCCGAAGGAGACUCAAUUGGCUCUGAAGAAUCUUUCUGGGCCUUCGUCUUCGGGAUUCACCGUCUUUUUGACUGCCUUCGUUGUUCUGGUUGCUCGCCUGACUGGUGACGAAGACAUCGCGGUGGGGACAAGCGUAGGAGAUGACGGUCGUCCUUUCGUCGUCCGGAUCCCCAUUGAUGCCUCGGAGAGCUUCGCCCAGCUCUAUACCAAGGUGGACAAGGCAUUCAACGAGGGUGCAUCCGACAUCGUUCCUCUGGGCAGCCUUCGUUCAUACAUCCAAAAAAAGUCCAAUGCUGAACGCUCGCCGAUCCUCUUCCGAUUCGCUGCCUAUGAUGCUCCGGCUUCCUCGCAAGAAUACCCUGCCAACACCUUCGACAGCACAGAUCUGGUGAUCAACGUCGCUUCUGGCAACAACUCGCCAGAAGUCGAGCUGGGCGCCUAUUAUAACCAGCGUAUUUUCUCCAGUGCACGCAUCUCCACUAUAUUAUACCAAUUGGCCCAGAUUGCUGGAAAUGCUGCUGCGAACCCAGAGGAGGCCGUUGGCCGCAUUGAUAUGAUGACCGAGAGCCAGCGCGCACUUCUGCCAGACCCCACCAGUGACCUGCACUGGUCCAACUUCCGAGGUGCCAUCCAUGAUAUCUUCGCUGAAAAUGCUGCGAAGCACCCUGAGAAGCUUUGUGUAGUUGAAACCAAGUCUAGCAACUCACCCUAUCGUGAGUUCACCUACCAGCAGAUCAACGAGGCCUCAAACAUCCUCGGGCACCACUUGGUGCGAUCUGGAAUCCAGAGAGGAGAGGUCGUUAUGGUCUAUGCCUACCGCGGUGUGGAUUUGGUUGUGGCCGUGAUGGGUAUCCUGAAGGCCGGUGCUACCUUCUCCGUCAUUGACCCCGCAUACCCCCCAGAGCGUCAGAACAUCUACCUGGAUGUUGCCCGUCCCCGUGCCCUUGUUAACAUUGCCAAGGCUACCCGGGAUGCCGGUGAGCUCUCGGAUAUUGUCCGAACAUUCAUCAAUGAGAACCUAGAACUACGCACUGAAAUUCCCGCGCUUGCCCUUGAGGAUGAUGGCACCCUUGUUGGUGGUUCCAUCAAUGGCCAGGAUGUUUUCGCCAAUGAGAUUGAGCUCAAGUCCAAGCCCGUUGGUGUUGUUGUUGGUCCUGACUCUAUCCCUACCCUCUCUUUUACUUCCGGUUCCGAGGGUCGGCCCAAGGGUGUUCGUGGCCGUCACUUCUCCCUUGCCUAUUACUUCCCUUGGAUGUCAGAGACAUUCAAGCUUACUGCUAACGAGAAGUUCACCAUGCUGAGUGGUAUCGCUCACGAUCCGAUCCAGCGAGACAUCUUCACCCCGCUUUUCCUCGGUGCGCAGCUGUUGGUUCCGGCUAAGGAGGAUAUUCAGAACGAGAAGCUUGCCGAGUGGAUGCAGAACUAUGGUGCCACCGUUACUCACCUUACCCCGGCUAUGGGCCAGAUCCUUGUCGGUGGGGCUUCUGCUCAAUUCCCUUCUCUGCACCACGCUUUCUUCGUGGGUGACAUUCUGAUCAAGCGUGACUGCCGCUCUCUCCAGGGUCUGGCGCCCAACGUAAACAUUGUCAACAUGUACGGCACCACUGAAACCCAGCGUGCGGUCAGUUACUACGAAAUUCCUAGCUACUCAAGCCAGGAAGGCUUCCUGGACACCAUGAAGGAUGUCAUUCCCGCCGGUCGUGGUAUGUUGGAUGUCCAGAUGCUUGUUGUCAACCGCUUCGAUCCCACGCGUAUCUGUGCGAUUGGCGAGGUUGGAGAGAUCUAUGUCCGUGCUGGAGGUCUCGCUGAAGGCUACUUAGGGUCCGCAGACCUGAAUGCCAAGAAGUUCCUGACCAACUGGUUCGUCAAGCCCGAGGUCUGGACCGAGAAGGAUAAGGCUGCAUCCAAGGGUGAGGCUUGGCAUGUGGAGUGCUCUGGCCGUGCCGACGACCAGGUCAAGAUCCGUGGUUUCCGUAUCGAGUUGGGUGAGAUUGACACUCACCUUUCUCGCCACCCUCUGGUCCGUGAAAAUGUCACCCUUGUGCGUCGUGACAAGUUCGAGGAGCCGACCCUUGUCAGCUAUUUUGUGCCCGACAUGAGUAAAUGGUCUGAAUGGCUGAAGAGCAAGGGCCUGGAGGAAGAUGACUCUGCCGAUGGUAUGGUGGGCAUGCUCCGCCGCUUCCGUCCGUUGCGUGAUGACGCUCGUGAGCACCUCCGCAGCAAGCUUCCUACCUAUGCUGUGCCGACUGUCAUCAUCCCGCUAAAGCGUAUGCCCCUGAACCCUAACGGCAAGAUCGAUAAGCCUGCUUUGCCCUUCCCAGAUACUGCCGAACUUAGUGCGGCCGCUCCCCGUCGUCGCUCAUCUGCCAUGCAGGCCUUGUCCGAGACUGAGCAAGCGCUGUCUCAGAUCUGGGCCAAGCUCAUUCCUAAUGUGACCGCCCGCAUGAUCGGUCAGGAUGAUUCGUUCUUCGACCUCGGUGGCCACAGUAUCCUGGCCCAGCAGAUGUUCUUUGACCUGCGCCGCAAGUGGCGUGGCAUUGACAUUAGCAUGAACGCUAUUUUCCGCAGCCCCACUCUUAAGGGCUUUGCUGGAGAGAUUGACCGUCUGCUCGAUAUUGAGUCCUUUGCCACUAGCGAGGACCCCGAUAAGACCGGAGCUGCUCAGGCUAGCAACCAGCCGGAUGAUGAAUAUUCUCGAGACGCGCGUCGCCUAGUCAGCGAGUUGCCCGAGACGUUCCCUACUCGUACCGAUGCGAUGCUCGACAGUGAGCCCACGAUCUUCUUGACUGGAGCUACAGGCUUCCUGGGUGCCCACAUUCUGCGUGAUCUGCUCACCCGCAAGGCUCCCUCGACAAAGGUUGUGGCUCUCGUUCGUGCCAAGAGCGAGGAGCAGGCCCUUGAGCGUAUCCGUUCUACCUGCCGUGCAUACGGGUUCUGGGACGAUUCCUGGACCAACAAGCUGCAAGCCCUGUGUGGUGACCUUGGUAAGCCGCAGUUCGGCCUUUCGCAGGCCGUUUGGGAUGGCCUCACCAAGAGCGUUGAUGCCGUCAUUCACAACGGUGCUCUCGUUCACUGGGUCUACCCCUACAGCACCCUGAAGCCCGCCAAUGUCAUGGGUACGAUUGAUGCUCUGAAGUUAUGCGGCAGUGGCAAGGCUAAGCAAUUUGCCUUUGUCAGCUCUACUAGCGCUCUCGACAAGGACUACUACGUCCAGGAGUCCGAGCGUAGUCUCGCGGCCGGUGGAAACGGUAUCAGUGAGGAGGACGAUAUGGAGGGCAGCGCGGUAGGCCUGGGUACUGGUUAUGGUCAGAGCAAGUGGGCUGGUGAGUACCUCGUGAAGGAGGCCGGCCGCCGAGGUUUGCGCGGAACUAUCAUUCGAUCUGGAUAUGUGUUGGGUGAUUCUACCACUGGAACCACCAACACGGAUGACUUCCUUAUCCGUAUGUUGAAGGGAUGUAUUCAGCUGUCUGCUCGUCCUAACAUCAACAACACUGUGAACAUGGUCCCUGUUGAUCAUGUGGCCCGCAUCGUCAUUGCCUGUGCCUUCCACCCGCCUCGCACCCCUGUCGGUGUUGCUCACGUCACCGGCCACCCGCGUUUGCGCUUCAAUCAGUUCCUUGGUGCUCUGCAAACGUACGGAUACGAUGUUCCUCAGAUUGACUAUGUCCCCUGGUCUCAGUCCCUGGAGAACUAUGUCAACGAUGGCGAACAUGACGACAAGGACUCUCAGCACGCACUUAUGCCCCUCUAUCACUUCGUGACUGCUGAUCUUCCUUCCAACACCAAGGCCCCUGAGCUGGAUGAUACCAACGCGUCUGCGGCGCUGAAGGCCGAUGCCUCCUGGUCUGGCAUUGAUGCCUCUGCUGGCGCAGGUGUCACGGAAGAAUUGAUUGGAUUCCUUCCUGCACCGACUCUUGCGGGAGCUAAGCCUCUGCCUGUGGCCCCUAUUACUGAGGAGCAGAAGCAAGCUGUGAUGAACGUUGGUGGUCGUGGUGGAGCUGCUUAG